UCUAAGCUUACAAAUGGUAUUCAUUAUUGUCGACAGUGUCUUUUAACAGCGAACACAAUACCCUUGGUUGAGCACCUCAUUGUUCAAUCGCCACCAACACUCCCACAAUGAGAAACGGCGACAAAAAUCAGCCCAGCAAAAGGAUCAAGUUCUCAAAGGAUGAACAUAGGGCUUCGACAGCACAAGACUAUAGUUCUCACUUCGGAGAAGAUUUGGAGGAUGAUCCUCGUGAUGGUGAUGGGAAAAAGAGGGAUUUCUCGAAAUUGGAACUCAAACCCGAUCACAUGAAUCGGCCCUUAUGGGCUUGUGCCGAUGGUCGGAUUUUCCUUGAAACUUUUUCCACGUUAUACAAACAGGCGUAUGAUUUCCUCAUUGCUAUUGCUGAACCUGUUUGCAGGCCAGAGUCGAUGCACGAGUACAACUUGACUCCUCAUUCUUUAUAUGCAGCAGUGUCAGUGGGACUUGAGACAGAAACCAUCAUAUCUGUCUUGAAUAAACUAUCAAAAACCAAGCUUCCUAAAGAAAUGAUUGAUUUCAUUCAUAAUUCUACGGCUAAUUACGGCAAAGUGAAGUUGGUCCUGAAGAAGAACAAAUACUUCGUGGAAUCCCCAUUUCCAGAUGUGUUAAAGACGUUGCUUAAAGACGAUGUUAUAGGACGAGCUAGAAUUUCCUCAGAGGGAUCACGUGGAGCUGAUGGGUUUACACUUGGAAAAUCUGCUGUUGAAAUAGAUGGUAUUGGUACUCAUGAAGAGUUGCUUAAUGAAGCUGAGUUGGCAGCCGCAGCUGAAGAAAAAGAAACUCAUGCAUUUGAAAUUGACCCUACUCAGGUUGAAAAUGUGAAGCAACGAUGUUUACCUAAUGCUUUAAAUUACCCAAUGUUGGAGGAGUACGACUUCAGAAAUGAUCCGGUCAAUCCUGAUCUUGAGGUAGAGUUGAAGCCCCAUGCGCAACCACGUCCUUAUCAAGAAAAGAGUCUCAGCAAGAUGUUUGGAAAUGGCAGGGCCCGUUCUGGUAUUAUUGUGCUACCUUGUGGUGCGGGGAAAUCUUUAGUUGGUGUAUCUGCAGCUUGCAGAAUAAGAAAAAGUUGUCUUUGUUUGGCUACCAAUGCGGUGUCUGUGGAUCAAUGGGCUUUCCAGUUCAAAUUGUGGUCAACCAUCAAAGAAGAUCAAAUAUGUCGUUUUACAUCUGACAGCAAAGAAAGAUUCCGUGGCAAUGCUGGGGUGGUGGUGACAACAUAUAAUAUGAUUGCAUUUGGUGGAAAACGUUCUGAAGAAGCAGAAAAGAUAAUUGAAGACAUAAGGAAUCGAGAAUGGGGACUUCUUCUCAUGGAUGAGGUGCACGUGGUUCCUGCUCAAAUGUUCAGGAAGGUCAUCGCUCUAACUAAAUCUCACUGCAAACUCGGGCUCACUGCCACUCUUGUGAGAGAGGAUGAAAGGAUUACAGAUUUGAACUUCCUAAUUGGUCCAAAGUUGUAUGAGGCAAAUUGGUUGGAUCUUGUCAAAGGAGGAUUUAUCGCAAAUGUUCAAUGUGCAGAAGUUUGGUGUCCAAUGACAAAGGAAUUCUUCGCCGAGUACUUGAAGAAAGAAAAUUCAAAGAAAAAACAGGCUCUUUAUGUGAUGAACCCCAAUAAGUUCCGGGCUUGUGAGUUCCUUAUCCGAUUCCAUGAACAGCAGCGUGGUGAUAAGAUUAUAGUUUUUGCAGAUAAUCUUUUUGCUCUGACAGAAUAUGCAAUGAAGCUUCGAAAACCUAUGAUUUAUGGUGCCACCAGCCAUCCUGAAAGAACAAAAAUUCUUGAAGCAUUUAAAACCAGUCGAGAUGUGAAUACCAUUUUUCUCUCAAAGGUCGGUGAUAAUUCUAUAGAUAUUCCCGAGGCUAAUGUGAUAAUUCAGAUUUCAUCACAUGCUGGUUCAAGGCGUCAAGAGGCUCAACGACUUGGGCGUAUUCUCAGGGCCAAGGGGAAGCCUCAAGACAGGGUUGCUGGAGGCAAGGAAGAGUACAAUGCAUUUUUCUACUCUCUUGUAUCUACGGACACUCAGGAGAUGUAUUAUUCAACAAAAAGGCAGCAGUUUUUGAUUGAUCAAGGUUAUAGUUUUAAGGUGAUCACAAGCUUGCCACCAGCUGAUACAGGCCCCGAGUUGAGCUACCACCACCUUGAUGAUCAGCUUGCACUUCUUGGAAAGGUACUAAGUGCAGGAGACAAUGAAGUUGGGCUGGAGCAACUAGAAGAAGAUGCAGAUGAUAUUGCACUUCAGAAAGCCCGUCGCUCAGCUGGAUCCAUGAGCGCAAUGUCUGGAGCCAACGGAAGGGUAUACAUGGAGUAUAGUACUGGUAAAAAACUACAAGGCCAGGUGAAGAGUAAACCUAAGGAUCCGGCUAAGAGGCAUCACUUGUUCAAGAAACGGUUUGGCUGAUGCGUCGAAUCUGCACACAUCAAGUCUAAAGAGAAACAGGUAUAGUGAUAUCAUAGUAUAUAUACUAGUUAGUUAAACUCUACAAAAAUUUUAUUUUGGUUGUGUUCUUGUGUUUAACAUAUCAAACAUAUGUUGUUUAAAUAAAAAGUACUACUAGUUGUCUUUUUUUA